GAAGAAGUAAAGUCAAGAAGUGGUGUUUCGCUGCAGCGAGGUGCUGGAUUAGCUAAAAACUCAUUUCCCCAGCUAGUCACUGCAGGAGAAAGAUUCUGAAAACAUUCCUCAGUGUAUCUCAACUGCCUGAGCUCUUCGGAGGAAUGAAAUGGAGGGCCCCCUGCCCCUGUCCUCGCUGAGGCUCCUGCUCCCACCUCUGAGGGUGAUGACGGCGGCGAUGUGGAAGGUGGUUCGUCUGAGGAGCAUCACGCAUUAUGGGAUGGUGGAGGAGUUUGUGUCCAUGGUAACUGAAGCGAUCCCUGACAUCUUGACUGACAGACAGAUGAGAUUGCUCACUCUGGGUUUAAGAGCAAAGAUGAUGUUACAGAUGUUACGUUCUGAACAGUCAGAGGAUCUCAGAAGUGUUGAAACACUCUUGAACAGCCACCUGCCGUCGAGCGCAAAACAGGUUCAUCCAGGAAAUGAAGCUCUUGAAGCCGACUUCGUCAGGCUUGUUCAAAGACUCCUGGAGGACCCGAAAGAGAGAGAGCACUUCCUCAAGGUGCGUCUCUGCUUUCACCUCAUUUUCAGUUUGGACAUUAAACGGAGCAAUUUGUUCAAUGAUGCAGUAACAACGAGGUUUGGGUUGAAAUGUUCCACCACACAGAAUGUGUUUCCUGUGGAGUUUGGGCAUGACUUUGAUACGGCUCUGGAGACACUGGUUUGUGAGUUCUUCACCAGACUGGAGGAGUUGCUGCUUAUACCAGACUUUAAGCAGACUGCAGUGUGGAUGAGUGAUACACCCUCUGUGCUAGAAGAGUUCAUGCAGUGUGUAUCCAAAGAAGAUGACCUUAAAGUACUGCUCAGAAGCAAGGCCCGCUGUGGUAAAAUGGCCGAGAUGGAUACCGGUGUGCCCUCUCCCUCGGAGCAGCGACUCUUCUCAUCAUUAUCUCUCCCUCCUUCACUGCAAGAGACCACUGCUGAAGAUGCAGAAUCUAGCGCACAAACAUUUCAGAACCAAAGAGAAUCUGAUGGGAUUCCUCCCCAGGACGCAGGAGAUGUGGGGAUACACGAUGCAAGAUGGCCACCCGAGGAGGAAACAAACACUCGGUACGGCAGUAAUGCAGAACAAACAAGCGGAGGGAAAUGCAAUGACAGAAUUCCUGAUGUUCGUGUUGCGGAGGAGUGUGAUGACGGGGCGUCAGACACCCACCGAGCUCCAUCUACAUCCACUGAGAGUCUUGUAUCGUCCAGCUCUGGGAUUGGCCGUCCACGGCGGAGAAUUGCGCAGAAAUGCGCUCAGUGUGGAAAGUGCUUCAUUUACCGCUACGAACUCCUGGACCAUCAGAGGCUGCACACUGGAGAAAACCCUUUCAAGUGCUCUCAGUGCGGAAAAGCCUUUAGGAGGACCUCUGACCUGUCCUCUCACAGGCGGACACAGUGCACAAAAGCGGCUUAUAUUUGCAUCAAAUGCGGGAAUAGCUUUCAAUCAGCGCAGGACAAAUGCAGACACCGGUGUGUUGGUGGUGUCCUAAAGUUUGACUGUUCUCAGUGCGGAAAAAGCUUUAAGACGAUGCACUUGCUGGGUAAGCACGAGCUGACUCACAGCCAGAGCCGUAUCUUCACGUGCAGACAGUGUGGGAAAGUGUGCCCCAGUAUGAGUGAGCUGAGAUCCCACCAGAAGAUUCAUCCUCCCGAGCUGUCCAAUCAGUGCACGCAGUGCGGGAAGUGUUUCCGCUCUGCUGCCUGUUUGACAGCCCACGAGCUGCGCCACAGGCAGCAGAAAACGCAGGUUUGUGCGCACUGCGGCAAAGUCUUCAAGAACAAACAUGACCUGAGUCUCCACAUGCGCAGUCACACGGGCGAGAGGCCGUUUCAGUGCACGUACUGUGGGAAGCGUUUCUCCGUGUCGGGAAACCUGAACGUCCACAUAAGGAUCCACACCGGGGAGAAACCGUAUCUGUGCUCGGACUGCGGCAAGGCUUUCGUUUCCGCCGGCGAGCUGCAGAUACACAGGCGCACUCACACGGGGGAAAGGCCGUACAAGUGCGUUGUGUGCGGGAGGGGAUUCACCAUGGCGAGCAAAUUGACACUUCACAUGCGCGUUCACACCGGAGAGCGUCCUUACGUCUGUUGUGAGUGUGGGAAAGGUUUUUCACGUGGCAGCGAAUUGAAAAAACACACCAUGGGUCAUGCAGGGGUGCGACCCUACGCUUGUCAGAUGUGUGCAAAGACGUACACAUGCCACAAUCACCUGAAGAGACACUUGAAAGCUCACAGUGUAGUGCAAAACCAGACUGUCUAAGUCUAGGGCUAAGCUAAGCUGACCGCCUCGAUGCUUUAGCUUUAACAGAUAUGAGAGUGGUAUCAAUCCUCUUUUCUGACGGUCCUCCAAAAUGCGAAUAAGUGUUCUUCCCAAAAUGUCAAACUUUAAUAUUGUUGUGUUCACAUUUUGUUUGAUGGUGGUUUGAAACUCUUUUCUAAAAAAAAAACAUGUAACAAUGUUAUCUUCACACUUUUGCAUUUGUGAAAUUGUUACAUGUUUGUCUAAAUGUUUUUCCUUUUUGCCAUUAUUGUCCUGUGUCGGCUCCCAUGAAGAGAGUGAAAGGCUCUCAUUGGACCGCCGUGCAUAUAAAUAAAGAUUGACUAAAAGAAUUCACUUUAAAUGAGCAUUUGAUAUUUCAGUAUAUCACUCAACUUUAUUUCACACCCCAAAAGGUAUACACAUUUAUAGAAGCACUGUAGAUCUACGUUUCAAAACCAGCUAACCAGCAAGUUCAGGCAAAACUAACAUUUUUCUUCAAAACUUGUCACUGGACAUGUUCCCCUUUUUUAAAUUAAUAACAAAACAAAAAAUCCACAACACGAGGACGACGCAGAGCAAGAAUACUUAUAAACACUAAUACUUAUUGCUAAAUGGACUGGCCUGGUGGCGCAUGGCAGUGAGAUGCUCCUUCUUUUUCUAACGUUUGAAUGUGUCCUUCCCACAUUGCUUUUAUAACAUCUUUUCAGGCUUUUGCUCCAUAUCCUCCACCUUUGUGAUCUCCUCCACAGGCUCAGCUAGCGGAGCAGAGUGGAAGAGCUGGAGGCAACACAACACAACACAAAAACCAAAAUGUUGGCACCAUUUGUCGACACGUGUGUUUGUGGUGCUGAAGUGUGAGGUGUCAGCGGGUGUGUACUUACAUUGAAUACAUCACUUUUCCCCAGGAGACCUUUGUACCUUGGCGGGGUGCGGGGAAUCUGAGGAAACGGAACACCCUGAUCAACUUGUUACUCGUCGAUAACAGCUCAGGUGCUCCUUAUCCACGAAGCGGUAAGCAAGUAUUCUAACCGAAUUGCUCGUGCAUGGUGCAUAAAGCCCGCCUGUUUUAAAUUCAGAUACAAGCUUUGUACGGAUAUAUAACUACCGAAUUUUGAUAACGAAAGCAGCUUGCACAGUUAUUACGGGCACGAGGACACGGAGGAAACAACUUCCUGACUGUAAGUGACCAAAUCUUAAAGUAAUGACCUCUGUAUUGUUGGAGCUGUGCUGUAGUUUCGGAGUACAGCAGUCAACUUGUAAGGUUCAAAUCUUACAUGAUUUCAAAAUAUAUCGUUAAUUCCAAGCUACUUGGCUACAUUAUAAAGCCAACUCAUUAAACUCACUUAUUACAGAGUAACGCUUGAUGCUGCGUUUAGUAAGUUUUCAGAAAUGAAUCUCACUCAUGAGUGAAGUACACAAUGAUUAAUUGUAAUGUAUAUGUGCCGUAUAUGUUACAAAAACAUCUCAGCUGUCACAGAUUGACUGAACCAAAACCCAGUAUUUCCUGGUGUACUUUACCGUUUCUUCUUUUUGUCUCCGUUUCUCAGAUUCAACAUGUCAUUCAGAGACACGGUGAGACGUAAUAAGACAGCCAUUGUGCAGACUUUGUGUGGAGACUACAUGCUAAUCCUCAACAAAGUUGAUGAGAAUGAGCUGAUAACUCAGCGUGAGUACAGGAACCUUAAAAGCAUCGACAAGGAAGAUGUAGAGGGCCACGUCGUUAGGCUCGUGGACAAGCUCAUGAACAAAGGUGAGGACAGCUGCAAAGCCUUCCUGAACCUCCUGCAAACUGAUGAGGAAAUUAAAAAUACUUUCCCGGAACUGAAGAGCAUGCAGUUGAAGGACACCAGCAUUUCAACCAAGCCUGUCCAAGCUUGUUCAGUUGAUGACAGUGGUACGUAUGAUUUAUAAUGGUAUAAUAGUUCUGGUAUUGAAAUGACUCCUACUUAGCCUAAUGUGUGUUUCACGUUCACGAAGUGGACAUCUUAAGGCUGUUAAGUUUGGAGGUGUAAUUCUGUUUCCCUCUGAUUUCCUCACAUGGUCCGCCUCCAGAGAGCAAGAGGCCAAAGGAGGUGAGGUAUUAACAUUGAAAUAGCACGCUGUGCUUGGGUCAGUGUUUUUAGUUCUUUGUUAGAGGGACACAUGACAUUCUUAUGAUCCUGUGACUGUAGCCUUAACUUUGGGAGUUAAGUUAUUUGGCAUGACUGAAUUACUAAUGUUAUUACGUUUCUACGUUAUUGACAGUAAAUCAAGAGCACGUUUACCGCUUCUUCUGAAUAAAACAUCAUCAUAUGAUAUAGUUAGCCAUUAUUAAAUGUACGUGUAACAUUAAGGUGUGGACGGUAACAUCCAAUUCUGGCGUCGAAAACGAAACCAGAAAUUAAACCAAAAACAAAAUAGACACACAGACGUUUUUGAAUCACCCGAAAGGCUGUCGUAACCAUCGACUGUAGUUGUAACACGGUUAAAAAAUGUUUGAAAUGUCAUCCAAAGUUAGUCUAUUUUUUUGUAUAAACCACCAUACAACCAUGUAUACAUGCACUCACUGCCAGAUCAUUUUCAUGUCUACCCGCCCGUUUGGCUCGUCCUGUUCCCGGGUUCCCCG